AUGUUUCGUUUCCAGCUCGGGGCAAAUUCAAGGCUGCUUUCGAACACUUUGCACCAAGUUCGGCUCGUUUCAAAAAGAGUAAAGUCAUCAAAGGUAGUAGGCAUUGACUUGGGAACAACCAAUUCUGCGGUUGCGGUGUUGGAAGGGAACAAACCUAAAAUCCUUGAAAAUCAAAAUGGCGACCGCACAACACCCUCCAUUGUGGCUUUCACGAAAGAAGGUGAUGUUCUUGUUGGUACCCCUGCAAAACGACAAAGCAUCGUCAAUAAUGAGAAUACCUUUUAUGCAACUAAGAGAUUAAUUGGACGCAAAUAUAGUGAUGAUGAGGUCCAAAAUGACAUUCACAGACUGCCUUACAAAAUCGUCGAGCAUGCGAACGGGGAUGCUUGGCUGCAGACAACCAUUGCGCAAGGUCUGUCAUACUCACCUGCCCAGAUAGGAGGUUUUAUACUACGUGAGAUGAAAAGGGUUGCUGAGCUACAACUAGCAGAAGAGGUAAAGAAUGCGGUCAUAACAGUUCCCGCAUACUUUAACGACUCACAACGACAGGCCACCAAGUCGGCAGGUCAUUUGGUUGGAUUGAAUGUUGUCAGGGUGAUAAAUGAGCCUACGGCUGCUUCCUUAGCCUAUGGUAUCGGAGGGAAGGACAAGAAAAACGGUAUUGUUGCUGUUUAUGAUUUGGGUGGGGGAACAUUUGACAUUUCGAUACUUGAUAUCGAAGACGGCGUAUUUGAGGUGCGAUCCACCAAUGGCGACACACAUCUUGGAGGCGAAGAUCUGGACAAUAUAUUGGUUGAAUUCAUUUUGAAAAGAUUCCAAACGAAAUCCGGUAUCGAUCUUCGGCAAGAUAGAAUUGCCGUUCAAAGAAUUCGCCAAGCUGCGGAGAAGGCAAAGAUUGAGCUAUCUCAUGUGAAGAGUACUACUAUUGAUUUGCCUUUCAUCACCAAAACUGAAAGUAUAAGUAUACCUCUCACAGAAGAGGAGCUUGAUGACAUGAGCUCGGAUCUGAUUGAGAGGACAAUACUUCCAGUCAAAAAAGCUCUCAAAGAUGCAGACUUGAAAGUGCAAGAUAUCGACGAAGUCAUUCUCGUCGGUGGAAUGACAAGAAUGCCUAAAAUAAGAAACACUGUCGAGAGGUUUUUUGGUAUAAAGCCAACAACUCAGGUAAAUCCUGACGAGGCUGUGGCUCUUGGCGCUGCUAUUCAAGGUGCUGUCCUCUCAGGAGAAGUGAAGGAUGUCCUGCUUUUGGACGUUACUCCUUUGACUCUCGGAAUUGAGACAUAUGGGGGUAUGUUUUCACCACUUUUGCCACGUAAUUCUACGGUGCCCUGCAGAGUCACUCAGAUGUAUUCAACUGCUGUGGAUGGGCAGGGCUCAAUAGAUAUUAAUGUCUAUCAAGGGGAACGGCCUCUCGUGCAGGAUAACAUAUUGAUCGGAAAAUUCAAAUUGACUGAUAUUCCACCUCUACCAAAGGGCACGCCGCAAAUUGAGGUGAUGUUUGACAUUGACGCGGAUGGAAUCAUCAAAGUGAGUGCAAGAGAUAAAGCAAGUGGAAAAAAAUCGUCCAUAACUGUGUUUGGAAAGAGUGGCCUAACCGACGAGGAAGUCAAACGAUUGGUAGACGAAAGUAAACAAACAACAAAGCAAGAUCAGGCAAAACUAAACUAUCUGAAGUUAGUCAACAAUUUGGAGUUGGUAAUGUUCGAUACUGAACAAGUUCUCAAGGAUAUCGAAAAUUAUGUGGACACAAGCGAUGGGGCCACAAUAAAGCGAAAGCUUAACACCGUCAAAAGAAUGAUCGAUGAUUCAAGAAAGGGAGAAUUGUUCGACCAAAAACUUAUCAAAGCAGCACAAGAAGAAUUACAGGAGGAAGCUUUGCAAGUUAUCCAGAAGGCAGCUGAAAGAAGUAAGGCACAACGAAAAGUUGAAGGUUGA